UCUGAGGUUUUUUUUUUUACUGACCUCCGUGUGCACGUUUUUGCUGUGUGCAUGAGAUCUAGUAAGAUUUAAAGAGGGUUGGUAAAUAUUCUAUUUACAUAAUUUUCCCGCGAAAUUUUCAUUUUCACGCGGAAUUAGAAUUUCCAAUUUUCCAUUCUUCCAAUUCUGCCCGAACAUCGAUCUAUUCUACGUUUUAAUAGUAUUUCAUUUUGGUGAUAGCACGGUACCAAUUUGAAAGGGAAAUUCUUGAAAAGCAGAUAAAUACAAGAAGUUUAUAGUAAGGCUGUGCAUCUUCAAUUUAAAUACGCAGGAACAAUACUUCCUUAUCCUCUCAAGAAAGAUGAGCAGCAGUGAGAAUGAAUCAUCACUCUCAGGAACAACAAGCAACAGUGCGAAUAGAUCAUCACGCUCAGGAACAAUGAGCCGCAGCGAGAAUGAAUCAUCACUCUCAGGAACAACAAGCAGCAGUGAAGAGGAAUCAUCCCUCUCCGAAACUGAGGAUCAGAUACCAAUAGAGCAGUACCUCCACUCUAUAAUAAUUGCCAGGUGUAAGUAUCGCCCACCUCAUGUUGCCCAUACCUCGAAUCCACUCUUCGAAGAGGAUUUUGCCAGCCUGCUUCAAUCGCUGAAAAAUUACAUUGAAGAGACUCAAGCCAGUGCCCUUAAUUUGGAACAAGGAGGAUUUGGGGUUGAAGAGCUAAAAUCUAUCAUCAACCUCCUCAUUAAUUCCAAGGCAAGAGUCACAGAGCUUGACUUGGGUUUUAAUAAUUUUACAGGAGGAAUGUAUGAAGUAUUUGAUUUGUUAACCAAGACAGAGGUAAAAAAACUUAAUCUGGGUAACUCUGAGUUACCGAUCAAAGACUUUUUGGACAUGAUGAAGCUUUUUUUUGUAAAUAUCUCGAGGUUACCAAUCGAUGAAUUUCUGUACUUGACAGAGCUAUCAGUAGAUACGAAGAUUACUGAUUUCAAGUCAAAGCUUAUUUCUGCAAAACUUACAGCAAAUCAAGUUGAAAGAUUAACUGCAGGUGUAAUUGCCUCUGCUGGAACGAAAAUUGAUUUAAGAGCAUGUACCUUUGAGCCAACAAGUGGAGCCCUCCUUGUUGAAGCUUUGCCUUACACUUUUGUCACUUGCUUGUGUCUGGCAGCGUGUUCCUUAUCGCCUGAUAUUCUCAGGUCUUUAUUCUCCAGCAUACAUCAAACUUUAAUAACAAAUCUGGAUGUGUGUGGGAAUUCUGUCAACGACUGUGUGUUGGAAGAUUUAUGCUGUAAUCUGAGAGCAUCCAAGUUAUUAAAUCUAAAUCUGAAGUUCAAUUGUAUUACGGACAAGGGAAUGAAUGCUUUAGCAGAAGGACUGGUGAAUUCUAGUGUGAUGGUAUUAGAUGUUGCCAAUAAUUCAUUUUUUGGUUUUAACGAUUUUGGUAAAUACUUAAAAGAUACCAAUAUACAAGACCUUGAUCUUUCCUGUAACGACAUUUUUCAUGGACAAAUGUUUUCACCUCCUGACUUUUUGAAGGAGACAUCAAUUGAAAAGCUAUGCUUAGAUGCUUGUAAACUCAAUGAUUUUAUAGGUCAAAAACUAAUUCAGAGUAUUCGAUAUUCCAGUGUGAAAUAUUUAUCCCUAGCCCAUAAUGAUUUGGGAGCUGUAAGUUUUUCAACAUUGAGUAGUGUGUUGGGUGACUCAAAAUUAACAGAACUAUUUUUGGACGAGAAUUGUACACUGUCAGAUUCUGAGGUCAUUUCUUUUGCAGAGAGCUUAAAAAGCUCAAAAGUGAGCCACAUUAGUUUUGGUGGGGAUCAAAGGUUACAGUUACCGUCAGCAGUGCCUCUCUUUCUAAGUCAUAGUAACGGAUCCUCUAUAACCUCAAUUGAUCUCGGUGGCAGUGUAAUUACUGAGGAAAUCCUUUCUAUAGUUGCGGAUAUUUUGCACCAAACUUCAGUCAAGAAGUUACAACUUCCUAUAAAUGAGAUAGGUAGAGGUGUUAUUAAACUUGCUCACAACUUGCAAUUUUCAUCCAUCACACAUUUAGAUCUAAGUAACAAUCGAAUUGACGAUCUGGGAGCAGAAGCGCUGGCAAUAUGCUUAAAAGAUACCAAAAUUAUAGACUUGAACUUGAGUCUAAACCUUAUCACCAAUCAGGGCGCUCGAGCUUUCGUUGAAACUCUUCAAAACUCAAACCUUCUUGUCUUAGGUCUUGCCUAUAAUAAAAUUGAAGAUGAUGGGCUCAUAGCACUAGCAGAAUGCAUUCAAAACACAUUUAUUACAGAUUUAUCUGUAAGAGGAAAUGCUGGGAAUAGAAUUUUACUCAUUGAAAAAGUGCUGUUUGACAAUCGCGUCGCUCUUCAUCAUUUUGUCACUCUUUUCAAUCAAAUAGCUCCUAAAGCCGGCGAAAUCUUCAACUUAGAUUGCCCAGAGGAUUCUGCUGUCAGCACAUUUGUGGAAAACUUAUUAAUUUUUUAUAAAACCUUACUGGAUCAACCUCGUUCUGUUAUUAUUCUUUCUGAGAAGGCCACUAUCUCUUUGUCUGUAACAGAAAUUCGUCAUUUGAUGUUUGAAGUAUUUCCUUUGCAAUUCAGUGUAUUCCUUGCUAACAGACUAGGAGAUAACACCUUAGAGCAUCUUCGUGUACUGAGGAAAGCAGAGGAGCUAGGCUUAGACAAUAUUGUAGAGAGUCUCCUUUGGAAUCGUCCAGUUUAUGUCAUCAAUGAAGAACAUGACAUUCUACACCCAUUUGUUUACAAGCUACUUAACAAGUAUAAACAGCCUCUGUACAAUUUAGCUAUAGAACCUGAAGCCAGAACAAAAAUUCUCACAUAUUUCUCCUAUCACAAUGAUCUUUCUGAUGCUCAAGAUGUUAUCAAAUUACUACAUGACAAGGAGAUAAAGUCCUCCCAAAAUUCCUGUCAGCCAGAAGCCUACAAAUUUUCUUUUGCUUUCGAAAAUGAGUGCUGAAUGCAAAAGUUGAGUAACUCGGAAACCUGCAUUUAUUCCUAUUCUCUUGAAAAUCUUGGAAACAAUUUUUAGAGACCUUUCUGAAAUUAUUGUGGAAUUGAAAAAUAUACUCGUCCUAAAGAUUUGGAUUUCUUGUAAAUAAUUUCAAUAUUUUCAUUUUCCUGCUGUCUUCAA